AUGAGUGAAUGUUUGAAAUAUAAAACACCAAAUGGAGAUUGCAUGGGAUAUGCAAUUGCUUCACACAACAUUGAUUUUGUUACAUUCUUGAUGAAUGAGUACAAUAUAAAGACCAGUUUAUAUUAUUAUAGUAUUUUGUAUAAAAAUCUUGAAGCAUUUUUAGUAUAUUUCGAUCAAACGAAUAAUGUUGAUGAAUGCCUAUAUAAUUCCGUGAGGUUUGGUAUUCCGUCAUUUUGCGAGUAUUUUCUUUCACAUGGUGCAAAUGUCAAUGCAGGAAAUACAUAUGGGGAAACAGCUCUUCAUUUUGCAGCAGGGUACAAUUAUAAAGAAAUAGCGGAACCCCUUAUUUCAUAUGGUGCAAAUAUCAAUUCAAAAGAUGGAUUCGGAAGAAUAGCUCUUCAUAAUGUGGCAAGAGAAAAUAGUGUAGAAAUAGCGGAACUUCUUAUUUCACAUGGUGCAAAUAUCAAUGAAAAAAAUAAUGAUGGAAAAACAGCUCUUCAUUGUACAGCAAUGUAUAACUAUAAAGAAAUAGUCGAACUUCUUAUUUCACAUGGUGCAAAUAUCAAUGAAAAAACAAUAAUGGAGAUACAGCUCUUCAUUAUACAGCAAUGUAUAACUAUAAAGAAAUAG